AUGCAUAUGCGGGCCGUGAGGGUCGCUUGGCGGGUGACCCUCCAAAGAUUCUAUGACCCUCAGGAGGGACCCACGGUCCGGGUCAUGGCGAGGUCUACGUGUCAAAGCCAGCAAGCAACUCCUAAAAAGGCUUAUUGCAACCCCUCUAAGCUCUCCGAAGCCGAAGUUGAUUAUAUUAUUGAAUGGAUUACUUCUUUGAAACAUAUGCGCUGUAUGCCUUAUUAUAAAGUUAUAGAAGAGCUUAAUCUAUCUGUGGGAAAGAAUGCGCUAGCUUGA